AUGGGGACAUCGCGCCGCCACCGAGUCCUUCUCUGGCUGGGCUUGACUAGCGCUCUUGUCGCUGGUCUUCCGGCCUGCAACCGGCCCUUGGUCUUCCAACUCUCGAUCAGCACUCUCACCACGACUAGGCAGCGCAUCAGUGCUUGCAACGUCUGGGCAAACAACUUCCGUAGAAUUGCUGCUCCGUACUACGUCGCCUCCGUUGCCGAGACGGAGGAGGUCGUUCCCCAUAUUGGCUGGACUCCUGCCAAAUCCGCCAGUGACACCGGAGGCAGGGUUGCCGCCCAGAGCUUCCGGCACCUCAGGACCUAUCUGGAGUUCGGCUACCGAGCCGAGGAGCGCUCCAUUCUUUUCGCUACCAUGGGCGAUACGACAGUUGGUGUAUACGUCGGCGCUCGCUCGCUCCGACUUCACACUUUCCACCAUGCUGCGAGCCGGUGGUCCAAUGGCUCCUGUGUCGACACGACACCGUACGCCGAAGACUACCUAUUCAAUAGCACCAUCAUCGACAUCGUCAAGCCCGCCAUACCACCCACUCGCCUUCCCAAUAACAACUCGACGGGUGACUCGACCAUCGCGGCACGGUCUUCCCGCUUCUUGCACGCCCGUGCCGACUGCCGAGCCAUCCAGGUCGAUAGCGGUAACACUUGCGCGACUCUGCUCACCCGAUGCGGCAACGGCCUAACGGCUGCCGACUCGCACAAGUACAACCCGUCAUCCAGCCUGUGCUCCACUCUGACCGUCGGUCAGAUGAUCUGCUGUACCUCCGGUGACCUACCUUCAGCCCCGGAGCCUGAGGGCAACGCUGAUGGGACGUGCCGCAUGGAAACGGUCGAUGAUGGCGACGACUGCGGCAAGCUAGUCACACGAAUCGGCAAUGGCCUCACCGCGGCGCAGCUCUACAAGUACAACGACGACACUAAACUAUGCUCUACUCUGGUGCCUGGCCAGCGUGUCUGCUGCACAACAGGCAAACUGCCAGACAUCCGUCCAAAGCAAAAAAGGGACGGCUCGUGUGCUGCAUAUCAGAUCAAGUAUGGCGAUUCCUGUUCCAAGAUAGCUUUCUUCAACGGCGUGACCAUCGACGAGCUCAAGAGUUUCAACAAGGAUACUUGGGGGUACGGCAAUAUGAGCCCUCCUAAGAGGCCUCAUUUCAGCUGA